AUGGAGGCUGGACCAAUAUUUCCAUUGAAGAAGCCUUUAAAGACUAUGCUGACUUCAGCUUCUCCAGGUUUGGAGAUAGUUAGGACCUGGAACACUUUCAGUAGCCCCUGGGUGAUUAGCCAUGCUGGGUACGGUACAGGUCAGCAUCCCCCUGAGGUAAAGGACUAUGUGUUUACCUCCUACCAGGUGAAAGAACUGGCAUCACUCCUUGACUUUGUGAAUUUGAAUACAUUUUGUUAAUGAUUUUUAUCCUUUGUCUCCACCCACCCCCCCACCAAAAGGUGACUCACAACAUGGACUCCAACUAGGCUGAGCCUCCAAGCUCCUCCUCCAAUCCAAAAGAUGUAGCGGCUGCUGACUGCUACCUGCUGUUCAUACUGGGAUGGUUCGCCCAUCCCAUUUUCAUGGAUGGGGACUAUCCAGUUUUGCUGAAGUCUCAGAUUGAGCAGAAAAGGCGGGAUUGUCCCCACUCUGUGCCUGCCAUACUCCCUGUCUUCACUGCAGAGUAA